AUGAAAUUUAAGUUUUUUGAGAGAAAUUCAAUCCUUCCGAAUAUAAUAGAGAUUUUAUGGCAUGCUGCGAACAUAUUCAUCUUUGUCUGGUUUUUCCUCAAGUAUCAUCACGGAGACGAGUGGUUUUACUUGCGGAAGAUUGUCGGUCCUUACUUGGCUUUAGCAAGAGCACCGGCUGCCGUUUUAAAUUUUAAUUGCUGUCUCGUUCUUCUUCCAGUUUGUCGGAAUCUGCUCGUUUUCCUACGAUAUGUUUUCGGCUGUUCCAGACGUAUCAAAGCGCUUUUCGAUCAUAAUAUCAAAAUGCACAAGAAGUGUGCAUACAUGAUCGCUUUAAUGACCUUCGUACACCUCCUCGCUCAUCUCUUCAACGUCAAACUGCUAACAGAAAGUCACGAAUCAACGGAUCCACUGAUUCAAGCGCUGAACAAGUUGGAAGACCCGUACCUGAAUCCAAUCCGAUCCUCAGACGUCGACCUGAUAAUUUCAGUCUUUGUCCUUUUUGGCGGAUGGACGGGAGUCAUCAUCACAAUUGCUCUGAUUGUAAUUAUAACAGCAGCAACAGAAACGAUCAGGCGCUCGUUCUUCGAAAUAUUCUGGUACUGCCACCACCUCUUCGUUAUUUUCUACGCAUUCUUACUCAUUCAUGGACUGAAGAAGCAAAUACGCGGGCAAACAAAUAUCGACGAGCAUAAUCCGCAAAACUGUUCGCUUGUGCCAGAAGAGUGGAGCGACAAUUCUGUUGAGUGUCCAACGCCAUUAUUUGCCGGAAGUGAUCCUGGAACAUGGAAGUGGGUGAUUGGACCUGUUCUGCUUUAUUUCUUCGAAAGAAUUAUCCGAUUGUCCCGUUCUCUCAAUCCAGCGCAAGUUGUAAAAGUUAUCUUCCAUCCUUCAAGAGUCAUUGAAAUCCAAAUGCAUCGACAACGUUGGUGCUUUGGAAAGAAUAAAAAUGAAGUCGGAGAGUACGUUUUCCUCAACUGCCGGGAACUCGCCUUCUUGGAGUGGCAUCCAUUCACUCUCACGUCUGCUCCAGAGGAAGACUUCCUUUCCGUUCACAUUCGAUCCGCUGGAGACUGGACAAACAAUCUCUAUGAUUUGUUCUCCAAGCGACUUGAAUCUGGGGAUAUAACGAAUGCACCGAGAAUCGCUAUCGAUGGUCCUUUCGGAGCUGCUAGUCAGGAUGUCUUUGAUUAUGAGAUAUCUAUUUGUGUUGGCGCUGGAAUAGGCAUUACUCCUUUUGGAAGCCUUCUGAAGUCCGUGUAUUACAAAAAGGCGAAUGGGAUUCCGAUGAAGUUGGAAAAAAUCUACUUGAUUUGGAUCUGCCCGACUUACAACUCGUUCGAAUGGUUCUCUGAUCUCGUCUCAAAGCUGACUGAAAAACUCGAGUCUAUCGACCAACUUGAUGUUCUCGACUUGAGGAUCUAUCUGAGCCGCGGCUGGGACGAUAAAUUCGCAAGAAAAAUACUGAUAGAACAAGAAGAAGAGUCUGAAUUUGAUCCGGUCACAGGCCUGAGGCAAAAGACCAAUUACGGUCGGCCUGAUUGGUCGAAGCUGUUUUCUGAAUUCAGCAAAAAGCAUCACGGAAGAACUAACGGAGUCUUCGUUUGUGGCCCGAAGGUCGAAUACGCUCAGGAAGCCGUCGAAAAGGGUGCCACUGCCGUCGCCGUUCGUGGCGAUGAUGUGGUCGUUCUCGGAGUUGAGAAAAAGGCCACCCAGAAGCUUCAGGAAGACCGAACAGUCAGAAAAAUCUGCUCCAUCGAUAACCACAUCGCGCUUGCUUUCGCUGGUCUGACCGCGGAUGCGCGAGUUAUGAUUGAUCGAGCUCGAACGGAAUGCCAGCAGCAUCGACUUACUGUUGAGGAUGCUGUCACAGUUGAAUACAUUACCCGAUCACUGGCAAAUUUAAAGCAGAAAUACACCCAGUCCAAUGGCCGACGUCCCUUCGGCCUUUCCUCCCUUAUCGUUGGCUUUGACCCCCACACUAACGCCGCCAAGCUCUUCACAACCGAUCCCUCUGGUACUUAUUCCGAAUGGAAAGCCAACGCCAUCGGCCGAAGCUCCAAGACUGUACGAGAGUUUCUCGAAAAGAAUUACAACGAAGAAGGUGUCCCAGAAAACGACGCGCUUAAAUUAGUCUGCCAGGCUCUUUUGGAAGUCGUCCAGAGCUCGUCUAAAAAUAUUGAACUCGCGAUCAUGCGACCAAACUCGCCCCUCGAAGUCGUUCCACUCGAGAAAGUCACCAAGUUGGUCGAAGAGAUCGAAAAAGAAAAGGCCGAAGAAGCUGAGAAGAAGAAGCAGCAACGAGCUGCGUCCAAGGCCGCCCGCGACUCCUAA